AUGGAAGAUCCGUGGGAAGCAGACAGGCCCGGCGGGCACGGAGACGUUGCCUACGCCGCUGCAGGAGGCGAAAGUGUCGGAGUCGCCUCGCACUACGAGCCCGCCUCAAGAACUGCAGGCGCUUCGAACGCGGCUUUUUACUACGGCGGCGGAGAGGCGGCAGACCCGCAGGCGCGUCAGACCGACGUCUUCUUCCCCGAGGAUGAAGACGAGGGAGAGCGUGGAGAUGAAGCGGAUCAAGGCCCAGUCGACCAGGACGCUUGCUGGGCGGUCGUGAGCUCUUUUUUUCACUCCCACGGCCUCGUCAAUCAGCAGCUGGAGAGUUUCAACGACUUCGUGUCCUACAAAAUCCAAGAAAUCAUCGAUGAGCACCCUCCCAUUGAAAUCAGACCCACUCCGCAGUACCGCCCCGAGGAGGAGGUCGAGAGCAACGUCAUUUACCGACUGAAGAUGGACCAGCUUUCGCUGAAUCGGCCGAGUGUCGAGGAGAAGGAAGGCAUCUCGAAGCACCUGUGGCCUUACGAGGCGCGCACUCGAAACCUCACUUACUCCAGCCCUCUCUACGUCGACGUGGAGCAAACGACGUACACAGUGGACCCUGACACAGGCGUCGAGCGCCUCGUGGAUCAGGUCACUUACAGUCGAGUGCUCUUGGGCCGUAUCCCCAUGAUGUUGAAGUCCGCGUACUGCUGGACAAAGGAUCUUCCUGAGCACGACUUGGCAGACGUGGGCGAGUGCGCCUACGACCAGGGCGGGUACUUCAUCAUCAACGGAGGCGAAAAGGUCCUCGUGGCUCAAGAACGCAUGGCAUCGAACUUCGUCUACGUCUUCCAGAAGAAGCAGCCGUCCAAGUUCGGCUGGGUCGCGGAAGUCCGCAGUCAGAAAGAGGGCAUGCAGGCGACCAGCGGGUUCGCGGUCAAGAAGCGGAGCCGGACUGGCGGCGAAGGCCGCGGUGGCAAAGGGGGGCGACCUGGGGGACAGAUUGUGGCUGCCCUGCCCUAUAUUCGAACAGAAAUUCCCAUCGUCAUUCUCUUUAGAGCGCUCGGAUGCAUCUCGGACCGCGACAUUCUGUUGCGCGUGGCGUACGACCUGAAGGACCCGCAGCUGAUUGCGUUGAUGAAGCCUUCGCUGGAGGAGGGCUUCGACUACAGCACGCAAGACGUCUGUCUGGACUUCAUCGGGAAGCGCGGACCGACUGUCGGCGCCCAGCGCGAGAAGCGCAUUCAGUACGCGCGCGAGCUGCUCCGGAAGGAAGUCCUGCCGCACGUCGGCACGGAGGCGGGCUGCGAGAACAAGAAAGCGUUCUUCAUCGGCUACAUGGUGCACCGCCUGCUGCUCGCCGACUUGGGUCGAAUCAACCAAGACGACCGCGACCACUUUGGCAAGAAACGCCUCGACAUGGCUGGCCCUCUCAUCGCCGCCAGCUUCGGCACGCUCUACCGCAAAAUGAUCAAAGACGUCAGACGCAUCCUGCAGAGACAGGUUGACCACGGCAAGUCGUUCGACGUGGCGGGCGCGAUUCGCAGUGCCUCGCAGAUCACGCAGGGGCUGCAGUACCAGAUUGCGACGGGCAACUGGGGGAAGGACAAGGAAGGGAAGAUCGUGCGCACGGGAGUCGCGCAGGUGCUCAAUCGGCUGACCUUCGCCUCGGCGCUCUCGCAUCUGAGACGCCUCAACACGCCGCUCGGCCGCGAAGGAAAGAUGGCGAAGCCCCGCCAACUCCACAACACACACUGGGGAAUGAUCUGCCCCGCAGAGACCCCAGAAGGUCAGGCCGUCGGCCUCGUCAAGAACCUCGCGCUCAUGUCUGACAUCAGCGUCGGCAGCGCGACCAACACAGUCCACGAAUUCCUUGUGGAGUGGGGCCUGGAUCCCCUGGAGGAAAUGACGCCGGACGUGAUCAAGGAGCGCGUGAAAGUCUUUGUUAAUGGAAGCUGGGUCGGGUGCUUCGAUGAAGCCGACGUGCUCUGCCAGACGCUGCGUCAGCUCCGGCGCCGCUGCGACAUUUCGAGCGAAACCUCCAUCGUCCGCGACCUCGUGAACAGAGAAGUGAAGAUCUUCACAGACGCUGGACGCGCCAUGCGGCCGCUCUUCGUUGUCGACGAGAAUACGCGCGAUCUCGUGAUGAGGCGUUGUCACCUGGAGGAGCUGCAGCGACGAGGCAAGGAUGAGAAGAGCUGGGGCUACCUCAUGGAGAAGGGUAUCAUCGAGUUCGUGGACUGCGAAGAAGAAGAGACGUGCAUGAUUGCAAUGUUUGUCGAGGACAUCCGCAGCGAGAAGAGGCAGGCCUUUCCGUACACGCACUGCGAGAUCCAUCCGUCCUUGAUUCUGGGCGUCUGCGCGAGCAUCAUUCCCUUCCCAGAUCACAAUCAGUCGCCGCGUAACGUCUACCAGUCGGCUAUGGGCAAACAGGCGAUGGGUGUGUACACGUCGUCCUUCAAUCAUCGCAUGGACACGCUGGCGCAUUUGCUCUACUACCCGCAGAAGCCGCUAGUGUGCACGAGGGCGAUGGAGUUUCUGCGCUUCCGCGAGCUGCCUGCCGGCAUCAACACAAUUGUCGCCAUUCUCUGCUACUCGGGCUACAACCAAGAAGAUAGUCUGAUCAUGUCCCAGUCGAGCAUUGACCGCGGCCUGUUCAGAUCCGUCUUCUACCGGACCUACUGCAGCGAAGAGAGACAGCAAGGAAGCUUGAUGGUGGAGAGCUUCGAGCCGCCAAACAUUGAAUACGUCCAGGGCAUGAAGCGAGGCGACUACUCCAAGCUCGACGCAGACGGCCUCGUCGAGCCUGGCAGCCGCGUUCUUGGGGACGAUGUCAUUAUCGGGAAGACUUCGCCGAUCUUUGACGACGACAACGGGCCAGGGGGAGCUCCGGGGGGAGCAGUAGCCUCGCCUUUCGCGAAACGCAAGCGUGAUUGCUCCCUCUGUCUACGUUCGUCUGAAACGGGCGUCGUCGACCAGGUGAUGCUGUCGGUCAACAGCCGCGGCAGUCGCUUCACCAAGGUCAAAGUGCGUAGUGUGCGCAUCCCGCAGACAGGAGACAAAUUCGCUUCGCGACACGGACAGAAGGGAACUAUCGGAAUCUCUUACCGCACCGAAGACAUGCCUUUCAACGAGGAAGGUAUCACGCCGGACCUCAUCAUGAACCCGCAUGCGGUGCCGUCGCGAAUGACAAUCGGGCACUUGGUCGAAUGUCUGCUGGGGAAGACCGCUGCGAUUUUCGGCGGCGAAGGCGACGCCACGCCGUUCAACGGGUACGCGGUGCUGGACAUCUCGAACCGUCUGCACUCGCUGGGCUACGAGCGGUUCGGGAACGAGCGGCUGUAUCACGGUCACACAGGUCGGCAUCUACCUUCGCUGGUGUUUUUCGGGCCGACUUACUACCAGCGCCUGAAGCACAUGGUAGACGACAAGAUUCACGCGCGUGCGCGCGGCCCUGUGACGAUGUUGACUCGCCAGCCCAUGGAGGGUAAGAGUCGCGAAGGCGGCCUGCGCUUCGGCGAAAUGGAGCGCGACUGCAUGAUCAGCCACGGCGCCGCGCACAUGCUGAAGGAGCGCCUCUUCGAGCAAAGCGACGCGUACCGAGUCCACGUCUGCGACAUCUGCGGCUUGGUCUGCACCGCAGACCUCUCCAGAGGCAACUUCGAGUGCAAACUCUGCGACAACAAAUCCCGAAUCUCACAAAUCUGCAUCCCCUAUGCCUGCAAGCUCCUCCUUCAGGAGCUCAUGACCAUGUGCAUCUAUCCGAGACUGGUCCUACAGGUUGCGUGA